AAUAUUUUCCCAUUACUAUCUUAACGGCCCCGAAAGCCAAGCCUUUCUUCCAGAUCUCAAUUGUAGCCGCAUCCUCACCCUUUUUAAACCUAGACGAUCAGCCGCUUAACCUAUCUUUUCCUUGCCAUGGCUUCACGCCGGAUUCUCUCCUCCGUACUCCGUGCCUCAUCUCGUCUGUUUGCAUCUCCCAAACCUUGCUUCCCCAAUCCCAGAUCCCGCACUCCAUCUCCAAUCUUCCGCCCUUCACCAACCGGUUUCCUUCUCUCCCGCGUCGUCGAGUAUGCCACUGCAGCUGCAGCGCCGGCGCCUUCCCCGCCAACUACUGCCAAAUCUUCUGCUAGUCUUAGUGGAAAGGUUACAGAUGAGUUCACUGGGGCCGGCGCUAUCGGCCGUGUGUGCCAGGUGAUAGGAGCCGUCGUUGACGUGCGAUUUGAUGAUGGACUACCGCCGAUCCUGACCGCUCUCGAGGUGCUUGACAACCCAAUCCGCCUUGUGCUAGAGGUGGCGCAGCACUUGGGUGAGAACAUGGUGAGGACGAUCGCCAUGGACGGGACAGAAGGACUUGUUCGUGGACAGAAGGUGUUGAACACUGGAUCACCUAUCACGGUACCUGUGGGUAGGUCUACCCUUGGCCGCAUCAUGAAUGUUAUUGGAGAGCCUAUUGAUGAAAGGGGAGAAAUAAAGACCAAUCACUUCCUUCCUAUUCAUCGUGAGGCUCCUGCAUUUGUUGAACAAGCAACAGAGCAGCAAAUUCUUGUUACUGGCAUUAAGGUGGUUGAUCUUCUUGCACCUUAUCAGCGGGGUGGCAAGAUUGGUCUAUUUGGUGGUGCUGGUGUGGGGAAAACUGUGCUUAUUAUGGAACUCAUUAACAAUGUUGCUAAAGCUCAUGGUGGCUUUUCCGUCUUUGCCGGUGUUGGAGAACGGACUCGUGAAGGCAAUGACUUGUACCGCGAAAUGAUUGAGAGUGGUGUGAUUAAGCUUGGAGAUAAACAAGAUGAGAGCAAGUGUGCUCUUGUGUAUGGGCAAAUGAAUGAGCCACCAGGUGCUCGUGCUCGUGUUGGGCUGACUGGACUUACUGUGGCUGAGUACUUCCGUGAUGCUGAAGGGCAAGAUGUGCUACUCUUCAUUGAUAAUAUUUUCCGGUUCACUCAAGCAAAUUCUGAGGUGUCUGCUUUGCUUGGGCGUAUUCCAUCUGCUGUUGGCUACCAACCCACCCUAGCUACUGACCUUGGAGGAUUACAAGAGCGCAUUACAACAACAAAGAAGGGCUCCAUUACUUCUGUGCAGGCUAUUUAUGUUCCUGCUGAUGAUUUGACAGAUCCAGCGCCAGCAACGACUUUUGCACAUCUUGAUGCCACAACUGUGUUGUCAAGACAGAUCUCUGAACUUGGUAUCUAUCCUGCUGUUGAUCCUCUGGAUUCCACAUCUAGAAUGCUUUCUCCCCAUGUCUUAGGAGAAGAGCACUACAAUACUGCUCGUGGUGUUCAGAAGGUUCUUCAAAACUACAAGAACCUUCAAGAUAUCAUUGCCAUUCUUGGAAUGGAUGAGCUCAGUGAAGAUGACAAGCUUACUGUUGCUCGUGCUCGUAAGAUCCAACGUUUCCUGAGCCAGCCUUUCCAUGUUGCUGAAGUUUUUACGGGUGCACCUGGAAAGUAUGUAGACUUGAAAGAGUCAGUAAAUAUUUUUGGUGGUGUUCUUGACGGGAAAUACGAUGAUCUUCCCGAGCAGUCGUUUUACAUGGUGGGUGGAAUUGAUGAAGUCAUCGCCAAGGCUGAGAAGAUUUCCAAGGACUCAUCUUCAUAAGAAACGAACAUCAAUCUUCCGUAAUAAUUGUUUGAUGCUUUUUACAGUGCCGGCCUCUGGGAACACAAUUUUUGAAUUUUAUUGUGCUCAAUUAGACUUCAUUUACUAUGAUUGCAGUUAUCUCACCAAUCGGGCUCUCUUUUGCCCAAUAAUUAGUGUUGACAUUUGUUUGAAUUCUUGCUCGUGGAUUUCAACAAUGUCAACUGAAUUGUAGAUUUUUUACUAUUCUCUUGGUUUAAAAUGCUUUUGCCA